AUGACUGACUUCUUGAUUUAUGAAUAUUUUUUGGGUGGCGGUUUCGGUGGUUUAGCUUCGUAUGGUGGUGCUAGUGGUUUCGGUGGUGGAUUUGGUGGCGCUCCAGCAUUCGGUGGUGGAUUCGGUGGUGCUCCAGCAUUUGGUGGAGGAUUCGGUAGUGGCCUUCCAGCUAACUGCCCAUUCAGUGGCGGUUUCGGCGGUAUGCCUCAACUACAGAAUAUGGCUCCACCAAUGGGUAUGAUGCGUUCAUUACAAGCAGUUGGUGCACCAAUGAUGCAACCCUAUCAACAAUUACAAGCUGCACCUAUGCCACAAAGCUUCCAAGUUCCUCAACCAGUUUCAGUUCCACAACAAGUGAUCUCAGCUCCACCACCAGUUUAUAUCCCACCUCAACCUCAACCACAACAACCAGCACCACAAUCAUAUGGUCCUCCACCACCAGCAUUUCAACCAUCUGGUGGUAGUGUCUCUUCUUUUGGUCAAUCAUUUCAAGUUGCGCCACAAUCAUAUGGCCCUCCACCACAAUCAUAUGCCCCUCCACCACAAUCAUAUGGCCCUCCGCCACAAUCAUAUGGCCCUCCGCCACCUCAACAACAAUUCGGUGGAUUUCAACAACCUCAAAUGGGCGCACCAAGUGCUGGUGGUCGCAUGAUUUGCUGUUGCUUCCCAGCUCCACAAUAA